AUGAAACCGGCUCGCGCAUCAUCGUCACCGGCAGCUGAAGACCAUGUAAGCUGUAACACCCUUUCGGCGCCUAGCUGCCUUGCCACCCGAAGGGAGCACGGGCGCUGGGAUACUGCCAGGUUGCCCAGUCCCAGACAGGGGAAGUCGAGAGUCAGGGGUCGGGUUCAAACCAAGAAACUUUUGUCAGUAAAUCCGCAUUCUAAUCACUGUCUUUCGCUAGCUGAAGUGUCCGAGACUGUUCAGGCAACACCGCAUGGAUCAAAUGGAAAACAUACUAAGAGUCGUCUGAAUGUGAAGUCAUACCUGCUCGACAGUACAGGCAAAAUGAACAAGGAUCGCAUUGCUACAAUGAGAAAGAUCGUAAGAGAUCUGCAUUUCCCUGUCAGUAGGACUCUCUUCCUUCGUCCGGUCAUUGAUGAACGGAUUUUUCGGGAGGAUGCGCCACACAAAAAAAAAUGUGGAACUGGUCGUGGGCGUUUGGCCGUUAGUCAGGGCACAUUCGAUUCAGCCGUAUUUCAGAUGCAGAAAUAA